GGCGAGUAGGCCUCUCUGCGAGUUUUGAACAAGCAAAAAGCAAAGGAGUAAAAUUGCUAGCUAGUAUCGCCCGCAAAAUAAACAAAACAUUGGAAAAAUUGGGUCCUUCUUCUCCGUUCACGAAUCGUAAGCUGGACCCUCUCUCUCGAUUCCUUAGCAUUUCUUUCUUGCAAAUGAAACAGAUGAAAAAGUAAUUGUUGAUUAUGAUACCCACAAUCAAACAUCAGUAGAGCUUCUCCAAUUGGGUCGAAACAGAGAUGUCGCUGAGGAUUAAGGCGGUGGUAGACAAGUUCGUUCAGGAGCUAAAGGAAGCUCUAGAUGCCGAUAUUCAAGAUAGAAUCAUGAAGGAGAGAGAGAUGCAGAGUUAUAUUGAAGAACGAGAACGCGAAGUCGCCGAGCGCGAAGCUGCUUGGAAGGCUGAGCUUUCUCGUCGCGAGGCAGAGAUUGCUCGCCAAGAAGCAAGGCUGAAGAUGGAAAAAGAAAAUCUUGAGAAGGAGAAAAGUGUUCUAAUGGGAACUGCAUCAAAUCAGGAUAAUCAGGAUGGAGCUCUUGAAAUCACUGUAAGUGGCGAAAAGUAUCGAUGCCUAAGGUUUGCAAAGGCAAAGAAAUAGGCUUUGGUAGAAAGGACAAAGAAAAACCACAUCCUGUUCUGCUUGGCUAGGACCAACAGGAAGCGACAAGGGGACGAGACUCCAUGACUGUAAUAUAUAUUCUUUCCUUAGACACUUUGAUAAUAUGGCAUUUGAUUUAUUUUGAACUCGUAAAAUGGUUACAUGUAGGUGCGUAUCAGCACUCCAUAAAGUGGUGAUGCCUCUAGCCAUGUGAUUUAAGUCAAUGAAGAAAGGGUUAAUGAUC